GCAAGUUGGGAUGGGGUAUUCUGGGUACGGAGGAAAGGGCGAAUGCCUUGCCGAGACCUGGGUACCGCGCUCGCGACAGUUGAGCUGUGCUUGAGGCUAGGUAAAGAAAUGGCGACGGAGGAAGGGAUCGAUGAUCAGCAGAGCAGAGGGAAUCAGGGCACGAAUGGGGAUGGGGAACGAAACGAGGGAUCAGCCAGGGAUCGAGAGUCAGCCAAACUGGAGGGGACCGGAGAAGACGGAAAGGACGCCUCAAUUGGAGAAAGCUCGGGGAAAGCUGGGGGUAGCAAAAGAGGACUUCAGAAAAACAGGGAAGGGGGAAACGAUAUGAGAACAAGUCCUCGGAAAUCAGCAGGAGCCACCCCUAAAAAGACGAAAGUCUUGGAUACCAGUCAUAAACUGGCAGAGAUAGAGAAGCGGACCGUAAAAUUUAAGGCAAGACUUAUCGAACAGAUGAUGGCUGGGGAUGAGGAGGAUCUCCAGGACGCAGGGUCACGUGAGGGACGCAGGGCCGGUCAGGCCGAGGCUAGAGGGAAAGCAAGGAAGGGGAAGGAGCCAGUGCAGCCGGGGAAGCGCUCCGAAGACGGUCUCAAGAAAGUAGUCGCCACCCUCAACAGGAAACUGAAUAAGAAUCAGGGAUAUCUCGCAUAUGCAAAAAAGAAACUCAUGUUCGAUGGGGCCAACAUUACGGAGUUUCUAAUAGACUAUGAGAACCUAGCAGCCUUACUGAAAUGGACGGAAGAGGAAAAUAUGGAGCACCUAGGACAACACGUAUCGCUAAGUUCGGGAAGGGACAUUAUGGCCAUCGUCGCCUCCAGUGGAUCCUGGAAAGAGACCAGGAAUGAGAUGAUGAGGAAAUACCUGAAGGCAGAAAAAAUGGCAACAGAGGUAGAAUUAGCCGCAGUCCAGAGGAAAAACUAUGCGACCUACAACGAUUUCCUGAGGGCGUUCACGUUAGUGGCUCUGCGAAUUCCCGGGGUAACGGAACACAUAAUGAGUAAAUACUUCCUCAGGCAGUUCUCUGAGUUUGAUAAGGAUAAGAUUUUGUCAGCAUACCAGCAGACCAGUAAGUUCGAAUAUACGAGAGACGUGGAUUUCAGCACCGUAACAGACCUUGCGGAAAAGACAGUGGUUACCGAAACGCUAGCCCUGCUUAAGGAAGGGGAGGUCAUAGAUCUGACCGAGAAGACAGGAGAUAAGGUCAAGAAGGGGAUAAAGAGCCUGCACGAACGGGUGCAUGGGGUUGAUAGCAAGAUGGACAGAAUGAAAAAUGCGUUGUUAGUGAUGCAAGCGCAAGUGUCCAGACCCACCCUCCCGCCCCAAGAGGCCGUGGUUCCGGCAGCUGUAGCAAACCGGGGGUUUGGCAGGAGGGACCCGGCCAAUGAACAAUGUAAGUAUUGCACCUUGAUCGGGCACUUCAUACGAGCCUGUCCGAGACUCAAUCACGAUAUCGAGCGGCAGAGGUGCAGUAGGUCCCUCAAAGGCGAGAUCCUUGGACCCAGGGGGGAGCGUGUCAAUUGGAACUCGCCAAGAGGGAUGCGACGAGCCGUCAUUCUCCUGAACAACCUAGAAAUAGCUGCCGUAGAAGCUGAGCCGAUAGUCGAGAUUGUCUGGGACCAGCCAAGGGGACGGGGACCACAUGCCAAUUUUAUCCUAGAAGACAAUGGCCAGGAUAGGGUGAAUAUCACCACUCGCCGAGCUGGCACAAAAAGGAAACUUGUUCAAGGUACAGUAAUGGAAGAACUCGCAGGGACUAGCAUGGGCCAGCAAGAGACCGACGUCGGGGAUCAAGAGAAGGUCUAUGCGAAGCCGAGAGAGGAGGAACCGGUAGACAAGGCUGCGGCGGCAAAAAAAAAGUUCAGGUAUCAAAUUCCGAUCCUGACUUCGCCAGAAAUCGAUGGUACCUUGAGUAAGCUACUGGGUACGAUGGUAUCGGUGUCUUUUCAGACUAUGCUGCAAGCCAGCCCGAGGCUGCUUAAAGGACUUAGGCAGUUGCUAACGCGUAAGCGCGUAGAGGUAGAGGAGGCCCCGGAACUGCAAGAGCAGGACCCGGAAGAGACCGAGACGCCGCAAGGAGUUUCCAACCUCCAAAGCAUCCCAGGGGGCCUGGAAGAUUUGGAAAAAGCUUUUGCCGACAUUCGUCUGAACCUGCCGGACCGAGAAGGUGGUGAAGUCAUGAGAGCACCGCCUGGCACUAGACUUAGCUUCCACGCACUGCUCGUAGGAAAGCUUAAAAUCCAGAUCGGAACUCACCACACUGACGCAUUAGGCCAGGCGAGGAGAAAACAGCAAGAAAACAACAAGAUGGAGUAUGGAAAUGAGAAUGACAGCAAUGUCAUCAAUAGGGCGGAAGAGGGACGGUCGUCUAGGCAAGCUGGAGAGUCAAGCUCCAAGAAAAGGAAGUUGUAUGUGGGGUUCGAUCACAACCUAGUUGUGAACAGAGGGGGCAAGAAACAAGGGACCAGAGGGCCGUCACCACUAAAGGAACGGGAGCCGAUAGAGCUGCCUUCAGACAGUGAUCCUAGUGAUAAGGAAGAGGGGAACCCAGAGGAAGGACAACGGCCGAGAGAGAAUGAGCCCGUGGAGUUCAUUGACCUCACCAGCGACGAGGAGGAAGAUGAGGUAACGCCCACAAGGGAAGAUCAGGGAAGUGAGGAGGACCCAGGGGAAAAAGAGGACCCAUGGAAAAGAUAAUUCGGGCCAACUUUCAACGAUUGGUUCGAUCAAUGGGCCAGUAUUUUGUGUUAUCAGUAGGCAAUGAAGGGCCAUAAAAAGU